UGCUGGAUUUCGACACAUGAUCGGUUUCAUGGGUAACAAGAUAGGAGAGGACACCAAACUGGAGAUAACGAUCACCAACCCAAAUGAUAACAUCACAAAUGUGUCUGUUGCUCUUCAUCCAGAUCAAUCGUUUAGCCCCAUGGAAAAUGGGUUUCUGCUCUAUCCAGGUGGCUAUCGAAAUAUUACUAUGCCGUCGAAUUUUGCAGUCAAUGAGUCUGGGAAAGGUGAGACGGGUGUUCGGAUCGAAUCUGAUAACCCCACGAUUGUCUAUGGGAGCAGCAUAGAGACGGGUCAUACCUCAAUGGAUUCCUUCCUAAGUAUCCCACAGAUAGCACUUGGAAAUCUAUACUAUGCUAUUACUGGGAUUAAUAGAGCUCAACUAUUGGUUGUCGGCCUGCAUCCUAGGACAUCAGUGAACAUAACUCUUCGAACUGACCGUGACGCAUCCUACCAAGGCAGUUUUUAUUCCUCCGGACAAACAAUUCAAGAGACACUGAAUGAAUACCAAACACUCCAGGUAGAAAGUAAAAGACCAAAUGCCGACUUUACUGGGACUUCAAUACGGUCAUCCAAACCUGUCAGUGUAUACAGCGGAAGCAGGUUUUCUUCGUCAAGUUUUCUGGUUGAACAAAUGCCGACAGUGGCAUUUUGGGACACGCAUCACGUGACUGUUCCUCCUGACGACAAUUCAAUAUACAACACGACAAUUGUUUCAGCAUGUAAGGAUACCCUUGUCAGGUCCUUAUGUACCGAUGGCUCAAAAAUGUUUUUUACAUUAACGGGGCAUGGAAACUUUCAACGAAUGCCCCCUUCAAAUGCAUCGUGCUCGAUUUUGACUUCUGAACCGGUAGAAGUAGCGAUUGAAAUAUACGGUCCAACUAAUGACGCAUCCAUGACAAUCAUACAGCCGAUGAGAAAAGUUUUCAAGGAUCUGAAGUUUCUUGUCCCUGAUAUUAUCAGAAACAUGCACUUCACGUUGGUGUUCGUUACCUACUGCGAUACCUACCUCAGUCUUGACGGAGUGACUAUCAGCAGUCUUAAGUUGACGGCGUUGGACGAAGAUUCAGUCAUUUGUAUGGGACGUAUUUCCAUCGGUAGUGGUGGCCAUGUCAUCAGUAGCUCAGGUGUCAACUUCUUCAUCUCGGGAUAUUUACAUGGAACAAAAGGCUACAACACUAUCGCUUUCCCGUUAGUGCCACAUCUUGAUUCAGAAGGUGAACAGCCGAUACAUACAUGCGAUUAUACAAGUAUUGACUCGUCAUCUCCUGGUACAAGUAUUACGACCACAGGGAGGGAUUAUGAGAUGGAGCGAAAUGAAAUAAAAACAACUAUGGAAACUACAGUAGAAGCUACAGUAGAAGCUACAACGGAAACUACAAUAAAAACUACCAUGGAAAUUACAGUAGAAGCUACCAUGGAAAUUACAGGAGAAGCUACCAUGGAAACUACAGUAGAAGCUACCAUGGGACCUACAGUAGAAGCUACCAUGGGACCUACAUUAGAAUCUACCACGGAAGCCGCUAUGGACACUGAUAAUGGAAUGUCGUCACCGAGUACUCGUGAAACUUCCGGACCACUAACGUCUGUUUCCGGAGAAACCGAUACAUCACCUUCACGCAGUCUGGAAGGCUUAUGCAGAUGUAGUUGUUCGUAUAAAACUAAUGAUAGGAACACUACAUUAAAAACCAUGAAAAAUAAACUGUCUAUCCCCAGGAACAAGACAAGAAGAUACAUCAGGUCUUUGACCUCAGCUCCAGAUGACAGGCCGUCCUCCAAGACCAUUGGCAUUACGGCAUCAGUGGUUAUCGGACUGGUAUUAUUUACCAUUUUAUUUCUGGACUGUACACACCUAAUGGGCAUGUUUAGACGUAUCAAACGUAUGUCACGUCACUGCUAUAAUGGAUAAGCAACAAGGAUCGGUUCAGAUUUGAAGAAAUGACGAAAUACCCUAUUUUUAUCCCCCGCCAUGAAA